UUCUCGCGAGAUUUGGAUGUGCGCGUACUAAUGCGGCGCCCGAAUACGCCUACUAUGUAGUAGAAGAAAAUAAUACUUCAACGGAGCAGAAUGCCUGAAUCGUCAGUUUUUAGGUUCAUCUAAAAAAUUAGAAUAUUAAAAGGUACAUUAUUUUUUGGCACUCUUUUCAGAAAGUGAAACCCAUAUCUUUUAUAUAUAUUCAUUAUACAUAGUGCAUACUAAACUUAUUCAGGCAAAACAGUACGUAUCCAUUAUGCCCUUGUUAAGUAGGUAGUUACUUGAGUACAUACUCAUUGAGUAUGCGAUUUCGGAUUAAGCCAUAGUCCUCCGCAUUAGAGUCAUAUCCACUGUCUUGCUAAACGAGACUAGGACCAACAUAUUUUAAACAUCAUCAGAUCAGUUUGUCUGUGCAAGAUGAGAGGUUUACUGUGGGUUCUUAGUGCAGUUUUACUGUUGGGGUCAACAGAUGGAGGCAAGAAUUAUGGGGAUCGCAUGAUAUAUGAAGAACAACAUGAAAAUAUAAGAGGAAUUCUUGACAAGGCAAUAAAGAAAGCCAACGAGGACUAUGGAAGGAAACACAUUGAUUUUUUUUCAAUCUAUUCUGAAGAUUAUUCAAAGCAGAUGGUUCAUGUGUUAUUAACAUCCACCACAUGUGACAAGACAAUCAUUGGCCAUCGCAAGGAUUGUGAAGUUUUAAAACUCAACAAACCUUCGGUUUCCUGUGUUGCAUGUCGUGAUGAAAUAAAUUGUGCACUGCUCAGAGAGACAGGAAAGAUAAACAACAAUAUAUAUAAAUGUAAAGCUGGAGCAAGUUCUUAUCAUACUGGAGCUGGGCAUGUUCUGUUCCAAAAAGAAGAUAAUGAGCAAGAAUAUGGAUGUCUUGGAUGCGUCUGAGAAGUAAAGGGAUAUUUGUAAUUUGUUAACAGAGGAAGAAGCAUUUGCAAAUAAAAGGUUCUACAAUUUGGUGUAAUUAAAACGUUAAAAGCAAUAAUAGAAAAGGCUUUCUUAUAUCUGAAAUUAGUUAAAUUAUAACGCCUCAAUAACAGAAUGCAAUAUCUGCAGCAUAUCAUUUAUCACAGUAUAAUUUUUCCAUAAUAGCUCACACAUACAUCUGUGCAUGAUUUUUAUCUCAGUUAUAUUUUACCAACAAGAUUCUGACAAGAUAAAGUCCAAUCUGUAAACAAAUUUAUAGGCUUUGUAUAUCUUUAUGUAAUGCAAUUUUAAUCCAUGAUUAAUAUUUGUUAAUGUCAAUGUUUCUUAGUGAAGAAUCGAAUAAAAUGUUCUUUGCAUUAAGACCAUAGCUUAGACUUGAUAAAUAAAUAGUCUUGAUAAUUUGUGUUCAAUAAACUUAUAAACAUGAA